AAAAAAAAAGAAAUGUCAAGUCUUUUCUAACCUAAAAGUUCAAACAUUCGUAAUCUUAUUAAAAUUGUAAAGUUAAAAUGUCUCAGUUAAUAAAUACUUUCUUAAGGAAUCCUCUUCUAAAGAGUGUAAGAUUACAUGUGCCAUGCCGGAUGAUCCAGUUAACUCCAGUUCAACAACUGUACGCGCCAGCAGCCCUUGGAAUCGAUGGCUACCUUCAUGCGAGGAGGAGAAUUAAGGAGCAAUUCGCAAACUUUACCGAUAAAUUCAGGACAAAGAUGACAGAAUUUGUGGACGAUUCCAAGAAUAUGGUGUUUACAGAGGAUCUGAAGAAUAUGGUGCAUAUUGCUGAGCCUUCAGAUUUGGAAUUGUGUCUUAAAAUGAUUAAAAAAUUCAACACACAAAGUUCCGAGUACCGAUUUGGAUCCUUUGUGUUUGGGCCUGUGGUAAUGAGGAUGUUCCAUUUUCUGGAUGCACCUAAUGAAGCUUUAAAGUGUUUCAAAGACCCAGAAAAUGGUGGUUUUUUCGACCAACUAGUCACAUACCAGAUAUUAUUAGACCUGUUAUACAGCCACCAGAUGUAUGAUGACAUGUACACGGUGUUUGAGAGAGUGAAAGAUCGCCAGAUUAACAUGUCCAAGUAUCCGAAGUAUCCAGUAGUUUUAAUACUAGCAGCUUGUUAUAAACAGAAUACACCACAAAGUAUGGAAUAUGCGUCAAAGUUAUGGUCAGAGAUGAGCAAAACAGGCACUAUUCCACUAAGAAGAGCAUGCACAUUCUUUGCUGCAUUGGCCCUUAAGCAGGGCGCCCCCCACAUAGCACUAGAGUCGAUAUCGUCACAGAAACAACAUUAUGUCACAAUCCGAAACAUCAAGGCAACUGCGUUAGCGGCCAUGGGUAGAGUGGACGACACCUUGCCGGUGCUUCGAGCUGUAUUGGACAUAGACUCGCCGCAGCAAAAGGACAAACACACAUUCUUCGAAGAAACUAUAUUAAAAGUAAAGGAGGCAGUGGAGAAGAGCGAGAACAAAGACCUGAAGAAGGAGUUCGACGAUAUCCACAAAGCGUUGGUAGAUCGGCAAUUAAUAGAUUCGAAACAGACGCUGGAUAUGCUGCUGAACGCCGAGAUCACAGGGGUGAAGAAGACCGACGGGCCCGGCAGCGGCAUGCCUUCGUACAAAAAGCAAAUGCCCUACGGACUGAGGCAGAAGAGGCGUAGCUAAUAUAAUAAAGUCGAUAUUAUUACACUUGACUGGAUCUUCUUGUCUGACACAUCCUUUACAGUGCGACAUAAAAUAGUAGAAUAUAAAUGAGAUCGCCACUUUCUACGUAACCGUCACUUUUUUGACGUAAAAUGCUUAACCCUUUACCAGGCUGACAUUUCAAAAAUGACAAUCAAAUGUCAGUCUUACUCAUUGAAAAUAGAACACAUGUUUGAAGUGCCGUAUGUGGGAAAUAUAUAUCCCUUAGCCUAGUUUAAGGGGUAAUAACAUGGCAACAAUUUAGUAUGGAUUUUUUUUUUACUUCCAUUUUAUUUAAUUUCUACUAUUUUAUGUCGCAUUGUACAGUUAGGUCGAUAUUUGAACGGAUUAUUUUGUUGUGACUGUUCUCAAGUAAUUUCAACAGUAGAUUGGCGAUUGGCGCUUACAUAAAAGCACAUGGAGUAUCGUAAUUUACACGUUCAGUGCGGGAUGGCGUCGAAAGAUCCCAUGCAAAGUAUGCUUAAUUACGGUGUUAAAAAUGACGUAAACACUAAUCUGUCCAUUUUUUAUAUGGAGUGAACAUUGACAUAUAUUACUUCGUAAAGACGUGCCUUACGGGCACUGCGAAUGGUGCCAGAACAGCUAGCGGUGUCACGUACACGAAUUCGAGCCAAUCGUGCAGUCCCGUAAGUCCCGUCUUUAUAUGUAAGUCAAAGGGACUGAAUGAAUUAGUUAGUCAUUCAUUUGUUAAAUUCUAUAAUAUUUGUAAUUAUGCAAUAUAAUGUAAUUUGUGAGUAGUUAAAUAUUAGUUGAUAGAUAACUGUCAAAAAACCGUUCCCAAGUAUUUUCUUUACCGUGCUUUUGUGAUUUAAUUUAUAAAAGUGUAGGUACUUACUUUUUCAAAUGGCGUUUUCGAACUUUGAGGUUAGAAUAAAGCGAAAACUAGUGAAAACUGUAACAAUUACUCGUAAUCUACACUGUAAAAAACUAUACGUAGGCAAUCUACAUUGCAAAAAACUAAAACGACCAUACAUUGUAAAAAAAGUCCAUGUAAGUAAUGUUACUAAUGUUUUAGU